UUCUCUGUGGCAUCUGGGCCAAACGUUUAAAGUACUAAAGUACUUCAGUACUGCAGUAACCAACAUGAAGAUAGAUAUACACAACCACAUCCUGCCCAGAGAGUGGCCCGACCUCAGAAAGAGGUAUGGAUACGGAGGCUUUGUGCAGCUGGAGAUUCAGAACGGUGAGGGGCGGAUGAUGAAGGACGGGAAGUUGUUUCGUGUGGUUCAAGAAAACUGCUGGAAUCCGGCGGCUCGAAUCCAGGACAUGGACCGACACGGAGUCACUGUGCAGGCGCUGUCCACUGUCCCUGUCAUGUUCAACUACUGGGCCAGACCUGCAGACUGCCUGGACCUGUGUCGGCUGCUGAAUGACGAGUUGGAGCGGCAGGUGCGGUCCUGUCCCGGCAGGUUCGUGGGGCUGGGGGCGGUGCCGCUGCAGGAGCCGGGACUUGCCGUGGAUGAGAUGCGGCGCUGCGUCCGAGAGCUGAACUUCCCCGGACUCCAGAUCGGGACGCACAUCAACGAGUGGGACCUGAACGCACCCGAGCUGCACCCCUUCUACGCCGCUGCAGAGGAGCUCGGUUGUUGUCUCUUCGUUCACCCGUGGGACAUGCAGACGGACGGACGCAUGAACAAGUACUGGCUCCCCUGGUUAGUGGGGAUGCCUGCAGAGACGACCACAGCGAUCUGCUCCAUGAUCUUUGGAGGAGUUUUUGAGCGAUUUCCUAAACUCAGAGUUUGUUUCGCUCACGGAGGCGGCGCGUUCCCCUUCACUGUGGGGCGCAUUGCUCAUGGGCACCACGUCAGACCCGACCUGUGCGCCCGCGACAACCCCCAGUCUCCCCUGAAAUACUGCGGAACCUUCUACACCGACUCCCUGACCCACGACCCCCGAGCCCUCAGACUGCUGCUCGACGUCAUCGGAGAGGAUCGGGUGAUGUUGGGCACAGAUUACCCGUUUCCUCUGGGUGAGCUUCAGCCGGGCGCUCUCAUCGAGUCCAUGACCGACCUCCAGCCCAGCAUCAAGGACAAACUUCUGGCUGGAAACGCGUUGGAGUUUUUAGGCCUCAAACGAGAACAGUUUGAAUAAAAAACAGUUUAAAAACUGUGAGCUUCUGUUUCUUCACUGGCCACACUUUCAGUUUCAGGUUUGGGCAUUUUAAGAAAGUACCAAUUAAAGGUGCAUUGUGUAACUUUUCUGUAGGGCACUGGACCUUUCUAUCUUCACGAAGACCAAACCAGACACAGUUCCAGGUCAGAUCUGUGGAGAGGCGAC